AUGAAAUUUGAAAUUCCGAAGAAUUCAUUUGAUCGUAUAGCCAAAAGAAUUUUAUCCGAUGUAUCGGGUCGACGAUAUUUUCGUUUCACACAGGAAGCUCUGGAUAUAGUGCAUGCGGAAUGCGAAUCAUAUUUGCUGGAAAUGUUUAGCGUUCAGAAAGAAUUAACUUUUCUAUUUGGACAGGAAACGUUACUUAUUGAACAUUUUCGUGCCUACCUCCUUGUUAAGCAUACUUAG